GGCAAAGGCGGCGGUUGAAACCAACAAUUACGCAGCCAUUUUUCUGCAAUCGUCUUUUCAAUUGCAAUCGUCUUUUCAAUUGUGACCGUUCAAGUGGUCGAUGGCCGAGUGAUGUUCAAGUUCAAGAUUAGGACAGUCUGGUACAAGGAUCAAUAUAAAGUCGUAUGAGGAAAGCCUUGAUUGGUCUGACGAGGACGAUCGUAUCCUCCAAAUGUCUAGGCCAGGGUCCAAAACCUGCUUUCUCACGACCACAGCCUCCCAUAUUGUUUCUAGGCACCGUAUACUAGCAGGAGUCGCAAUCCUUCGACCGGUCGUUUGGCUGCUUUACGGUCCCUUGACCAAGGGUAUGACGUCGGCGGUCAUACUUUGGCCGAACAAGAAAUGACCCUUGUCUAUCGUCUUGCGCACACAACAUAGAUAAAGGAAGAGGUGGACCACUCUGGAGAUUCCUACUGUAUACCCCAGAGUUCACCAGAAAAUAUCUAUACUGUAGACUCUUUUGUUAAAAAACCACCACAUCUGAUCAAAAUGGUUCUUGGAAGGAAAACCCGCAAUCAUGGCGGCGGUACAACCGUCACCACCACUACCACAACCACUCAUCAUCCAGGCCCCGUUGGAACUGCAGCUGCGCCUAGAGUCGGACGUACCAAGCCAACCUUGAUGCAACGAUUGCGCGGCAGAACAACGCCUCGUGCAUCGACGACGACAGCUCGACCUGCCCGAAGAAGUCGGUUCGGCGGCACUCGUACAAAAAAAACAGCAGUAACUGCCACACCCCGCCGCAAGACCAGUGUGAGCGACAAGGUGUCGGGCGCCAUGCUCAAACUUCGUGGCACUCUGACUCGGAGGCCUGGGCAAAAGGCCGCAGGGAGCAGACGGAUGCAUGGAACCGAUGGGAGGGGGAGUAGACGAUACUACUGAUCCCCAAACCCGACCAGAGUCCCGUUCAGGCACAGCCGGCUCAAGGAAGCGCGACUGGCUCAACUCAUUGCGUUCUCAAUGGAGAGACAGAGAGCGAUAUGUAUCAUUCGCCAAUUUCUUCUGAACUGAGGGCGCUUCAGGGGCAUGAAGAGUCCUGCGUGGCCCUGCGGCUCGGAUGAAGCGGGUUGUUGUUGUAUGAUAGUAUGAGCUUUGAUUGAGUUGGAUACCCAUCGUCGACGGACAUCCGUCGAAACAACUGUCUAAUGCACUGAAUUUGUCUUUUCCUUUUUCCGAACUUGGUAUAAGAAAAUCCCUUCUCUUUGG